UUCUCUUCCAAAGCAUUUAAUUUCUUUUUGAUAGUGAUAGUAGAUUGUGGAAGCAAUGCAUAAAGACAAACCACAGUUUCCUAUAAACCAGAUGUUAUAAAAGGGGGACACAGAGUUUAUUUAAAAUAUUUUGGGAUCCCAUUUCUUUCAGUGUGUCUGGAAAGUAUGAUCCAGGUAACAAGAGAUUUUGCCAGAGGUGUUCUCUAUUCUGAAAGCAUUCUGACAGAAUCGUUUGACUGAAGAGGCCAGAAGUGAGAUGGUCUGAGGCAAAAUAAUGCCAAAAUAAACAAACUGACAAAAUUUGCACAGAAUCUUAAAGAUAGGACUGUAUAUAACCUGUUUAGGUUUAUCAGCAAAAUGAGUUGAUUUGGUGGUGAGUGUAAGCAGAGCAGUUCAAGUAUGUCAGACUCUUACAUUUUGUAUUAAACCAAUGCAGGAGAACAGUGGUGGAGUUAAAGUAGCUUCUUCUGUUAUCCAGAUGUGUUGCUGGUGACGAGUGAGAAAUACACCCUUCAGCUUCUUCAGGGUUUCAUCACUUGUGUUCAGUGUCACUACGACUUUUCGAUGUCUGGAUUUGAAAUGGCACAACAAAAAGCUGCAUAUAUUUUUUCUGUGGUUUAUUUAAAUUUAAGAACAACUGAACUGGAACUGAAUUUCCAAUUAAAUCAAAUAAUUGAGAUAAAAUAUAAUAGGAUGACGACUCAGUCUACAAUGAAAUAAAAGGUAUAGCACUUCAAGAAUAACUUGUUUUUUCUCUUUUUAUCUUUGCAUUUGACAUUUCCUUCCAAUUUUUUUCAGGUCCCUGAAUUGUUUGCCUCUUGUUACAGAAUUAAAAUUUAGAUGUUCUUCCAAGUAAAUGUUGACUCUCAAUUUUUUUUCCAUGUGUCAGUCAACCAGAUUCUUAUUAUGCUGCUGGUGCUGCUGGCAUGUUUGCUCCUCCAUAGUUCACUGAAAUCCUCCACUCAACUAAAAGAAGCAUACAGGCAGAGCCACGGUUUAACAGCAGAUCUCCCAGCUGAAGAGGCUGAAACAGAUGAUGUUGUUCCUGUUAUCAUCUGUGCCUCCGAGGAGCGUACUGGGGCAACAAUGGCAACCAUCAACAGCAUCAUUAGUAACACAGAUUCCAAUGUUUUCUUCUACAUUGUUACUCUGCGUGAUGCAGUCAAAAUAGCAAGGACGUAUAUAGAGAAGACCAAGCUGAAAGGCAUUCAGUAUAAGAUUUUAGAAUUUAACCCUAUGGUUCUAAGAGGAAAGGUGAAGCCAGAUUCUUCUCGCCCUGAUCUCCUUCAUCCACUUAAUUUUGUCAGAUUUUACCUACCUCUACUAGGGAUCAGCCAUAGGAGAGUCAUAUAUGUGGACGACGAUGUCAUUGUGCAGGGUGACAUUAAGGACCUUUACAAUAUAAAGCUGAAAGCAGGACAUGCUGCUGCUUUUGCCUCUGACUGUGACUUACCCUCCACACAUGAGAUGGUGCGAAGCAUUGGCAUGCAGACCACCUACAUGGGCUUCCUAGACUACAGAAAGCAAGAAGUGAAAGACUUGGCCAUCAACCCCAACCACUGCUCCUUCAACCCCGGAGUGUUUGUCGCAGAAAUCAAAGAGUGGAAGAAGCAGAAGAUCACCAAACAGCUGGAGAGAUGGAUGGAGGAGAAUUUCAGGCAGAACAUUUACAGCAGUGCUAUGGCAGGAGGCGUGGCCACUCCGCCCAUGCUUAUAGUGUUUCAUGACAAAUACACAGCGCUGGAUCCUCUUUGGCAUGUCAGACACCUGGGCUGGAGCCCCGAUGCACGCUAUGCAGAGAGCUUCCUGCAGGGGGCACACCUGCUGCACUGGAAUGGUCCAUUCAAACCAUGGAAUGACCCAGCCGUCCACUCGGAUCUGUGGGAAAGGUGGUUCAUACCUGACCCGUCUGGAAGAUUCACUUUGACUCGGCCUGGCAGUGGCAGCUAAGGCCCAAAGCUGCAGUGACUGAUCCACUCAUUUCAAAAUGUUUGACUUUUAGUCUGCUCCCACUAAAAGGCUUCCUUUGUGUUAUAACUAAUUGGGCUUCUUUUAACUCCUCCUCUCAUUUUUGUGCUUAUAAGUUUGUCUUAUGUCAAAAUGUGAACUUAAUAUGUGGAAUCAGGGCCAUACUUGAAAACAAUCUCUGAACUAUUGUUCCAUAAAUUAUAAAUCGUGAAUGUAGCUUUUCAGGUGAUAAGUUUGAAGUGUUAGGACUUAAGAGUUAAAUAAACUCACACAAAUAAUUCAUGGCAGAGAAUGCUUUAUGCAUUUACAUCUGUUUGAUUUUAUUUACGAACUCAUAUUGUAUACACAUAUGCCUUUAAAUUAAUAAAAAUAACAAUCUUAUCAAUUCUAGAAUGUCUUGAAUGUAAUUAGUAAGUAUAUACUAACAGAGUUUAAAUAAUUAAAGUUGUAAAAGAAACAAAAUUCUGGUAUUUAAAUUUUAUGUGAUUUUUUUUUCAUUGAAGUUAUGAGAAGUGAAACAGGGAAUCGUGUAGAAUAUUCAUAUUUCUUGUGGUGUAUAUACGUUUUUUUUAAUUCUUAGUAUUAUUUAGGCUUACUAAGGAUUAUUUACAGAUAUGAAAAAAACAUAGAUUUGGCUGAGAUAAUUAAUUAUUUAUCUGAAUCAAACAUAAAUUUGGCUCAGAUAUAA